CACACAUCUAAAAGCCCAGGCUAGAGAUUGGAUAGCAUGCAACAUUUAAACUAAGAUUGCUUAUACCAAGCUAAUUAGAAUACAAAAAUAUAUUUCACUUCAAUUGACCAGACGAUAAAUAAAUAAGUCUAAAAUAAUUUACCCUUCGGUAUUUUCCGUAAAGGAGGACAUUAUACUCUGGCGCUUUGCGGAAACAUCGAAUGCGGAACAAAUUGUAUCGAGUUGCACCGGCGCAGCCCAUCAAGACAGAUAGACAGUGAAGCACAGAAAAAAAGAGGGACAGUGUUCAUCACUGUAGGAUGGACUGGCCCAUGGAUCUGCUCCCAUUGCCCCCCUGUGCUGAGCUAGGGGUCCAUCCUCUGAAUGGGCUCCUGUGGACCCUGCUGCUCCUCUUCCUAUGGUAUUGUUACAGGGUGGGCUCUGACCCGCCAGCUCCAGGCCGAGCCAUCCCAGGUAAGCACAAGUCCGGCUCCAGGCGCUCUGUGUUGUCCCGCGCCGGCAGCUGUGCUGGAGCAGUGUGCAGUGCCACAUCAAAUGUGGCCACUGGCGAUCGGGGGACUCCCUGCAUCACCAUGGAGACAGGAGAGGAGGAGCAGGGGCAAGGAUACCUGACCCCUGUGCUGAGCCAUGCCCUGUUCCCACCCCAGGCCACAGCGAGUGGCAGGAAGCUGUAUGCAGCACUGCAGGAGUAUGCAAAACGCUACAGCUGGGCUGGCAUGGGACGCAUUCAUAAAGGACUCCGGGAGCAGGCCACAUUAAAUGAUCGCUCCUCCAUCCAAAAGCCUCAUCUCUUCUUCCUCCCAGAUGUCCCCAGCAUUCCUUUUUUCCCACGUGACGCCCAUCGACAUGACAUUGAGGUCUUGGAGGCCAACUAUCCCAUAAUCCUCGCAGAGUUUCAGGCGGUCUACCAGAGAGGCAUUGAUCCAAAGAUUGGCUGGACCGGCCUGGGAUCUAAGGGCCAAGCCGUGUUCCCCUUGUACAGUGCAGGUGUGUGUGUAGCAGGGAACUGCCGCUCCUGUCCCUGCACCUACCGCACUCUUCUCUCCUUGCGCACCUUCAUAAGUAGCAACUCCCUGGGGGCCGCCGGGUUCUGGCUGCUAGGGCCUGGGGCCACACUAGGGGGGAGUGUAGGCCCCACCAAUACUCGCCUACGCUGCCACCUUGGAGUGCAGACCCCACCUCAGUGUGAGCUGGUAGUGGGAGGAGAGCCUCAGUGCUGGUCAGAGGGACACUGCCUCCUGGUGGAUGACUCCUUCCUGCACACUGUCUCCCAUAAUGGGGUGGCAGAGGACGGGCCACGGGUGAUUUUCAGUGUGGACCUCUGGCAUCCAAAUGUGGCUGCAGCAGAAAGACAGGCCCUGGACUACAUUUUCUGCCCUGACCAAUGAACUACAACUUCCACUGUGCACAUGUUCUAGUUGUGCUCCACCCUUAUUUGAUAUGAGGGAAAGGUGCCCAAACCUCGUCUCGAGGGCUGUGCUCUUCAACCUCAAUGUUCAUCCAGUCCGAGUAUCACUGUGUGUGUUACAAGUGAAUCCACUGAAACAGUCCAAAUAGCCAAAGGGAGCUUACCCACAGACAUCAGUUCAAUGUCUAGUUUUGAUUUUUUUUAUGUUUUGUUUUUUACACCUUUAUUUAACUAGGAAAGUCAGUUAAGAACAAAUUCUUAUUUAUAGCCUCCCCCGGCCAAACUCAGGCGACUCCCAAUCACGGCCGGAUGUAAUAAAGCCUGGAUUUGGUUGAGUUGUCAACUAAGCUGAAUUCACUGUGAAAAUAAAUAAAUAAAUCCCCAUGUCAUUGGAUUUCGGUAAACCGUUGGGUCAAAAAAAAGACUACAAUUUCCUUAUGUUGAUGACUUCUUUAAAAUCCAUGUUGAUUCAACAUUAUGCCAUAAACUUUUGGGGGGUGGAAUGACAUAUAAACAACAAUGAUUAAACCAGUUUUGACCAGUGGGUAGAAACAGAAUGAACGUACAGUCAUUUAAGAUCAGAACUGGUCUUUGCUGCUUUAAACUGCACACGUGCACUCACACACACAUUUGGACUGCAUCUUAAUAGCAAACAUACAAAUGACAUUGCGGGUUGAUCACAGCUUUUUGAUAGGUGACCUCAUGAUGCAAAUGAAUCCUCCAAUAAAACAAGUAAAUAUUUAUUAUUUUGUAGAACUGUAUCAUCACAGUUUUUGCUCAACAUAUGUAGACAUGGUUUUCAUAAGUAACUGCAGAAACUGUGAGGGAAAAAGUCAAUUAAACACUGUUUUAUCUA